AUGUUGACCACUUCCUAUGAUGUAAUCAAGACGGAGAAGAAGAAUGCUACAUCACAAAGACGCGUAAUUUUGACCACUUUCUAUGAUGUAAUCAAGACGGGGAAGAAGAAUGCUACAUCACAAAGACGUAUAAUUUUGACCACUUUCUAUGAUGUAAUCAAGACGGAGAAGAAGAAUGCUACAUCACAAAGACGCGUAAUGUUGACCACUUUCUAUGAUGUAAUCAAAACGGAGAAGAAGAAUGCUACAUCACAAAGACGCGUAAUUUUGACCACUUUCUAUGAUGUAAUCAAGACGGGGAAGAAGAAUGCUACAUCACAAAGACGCGUAAUUUUGACCACUUUCUAUGAUGUAAUCAAGACGGGGAAGAAGAAUGCUACAUCACAAAGACGCGUAAUGUUGACCACUUUCUAUGAUGUAAUCAAGACGAGGAAGAAGAAUGCUACAUCACAAAAACGUAUAAUGUUGACCACUUUCUCUGAUGUAAUCAAGAUGGGGAAGAAGAAUGCUACAUCACAAAGAUAUGUAUCAUCAUUUCCUGACUACAGUGCUCCCAGGAUUAAUUUGGAACCUUCCCCAAAGGUGGCGUUCCUCAACUCUACGGGGACGUCUCUUCAUUGCUCUGCUUCGGGGAACCCUUCUCCAGAUAUUUAUUGGGUUUUAACGGAUGGUUCAAGGGUCACAGACCUUCCCGGUCUUCGCGUUUCCUUGCCUAAUGGUACUCUAUUGUUUCUACCGUUUCAGUCAGACAUCUACCGUCAGGAUGUUCAUUCUACCCUUUACCGCUGUGUGGCGUCUAACCCUUUGGGGAAAGUGGGCAGUAGGAGUAUCCGAGUUAGGGCAGUUGUGCUCCAGCAUUACGAGGUUCAGGUUUACGAUGAGUUUGUCACAAAAGGGAACACCGCUAUCCUCAGAUGCUACAUUCCAAGUUACGUCAGAGACUACGUCACGGUGACGACAUGGGAAAGAGAUGAUGGCGUUACUAUUGUUUCCAACGUGGCAAACGGAGGUCGGUACAGUGUUCUUCCACACGGUGAGCUUCACAUUCGCGACACCACAAACGAAGAUGCCUUCAAGAGAUAUUACUGUCGCACCACUCACACCCUUAGUGGGCAGUCACAGCUAAGCAAAAGUUCUGGAAGAUUAGUAAUUACAGAGACAGAGACCAAUCAGGUCCCUCGACUUUUAGAAACUAGAACAAUAUAUCGCAUCCAACAGGGGGCGCCAGUGGAGCUAACAUGCGCUGCUCAGGCCUACCCCAUGCCAACAUACAGUUGGUACAGGAAAGAGGGGACCAACUUAAUUGCCAUAACAACAAGUGCUGAUAUUAUUCAAAUUAGUGGCUCCCUCUAUAUUCGAAAGACCAGUGUUCGUGAUGGUGGAACGUACGUUUGCCUAGUAAAGAACCCCAUUGGUCAGAAAAGAAUGGAAACACAUUUAACCGUGACAGCUCCCUUGCUAGCAAAGAUCGCUCCAGAAAAGCUCCUUGUGAACGCGGGUCGGUCGGCAACCUUAACGUGUAACGUGUCCGGGUUUCCAGUUGACACAGUCAGGUGGGUCAAAGAUCAGCGCCCUCUAGAGCCAGAUGGAUUCAAGUUCCAAUUACUAACACGUGAUUCUCUUCACGUAUCGUCCAUUGGACGCGAAGAUAAAGGAGUCUACCAAUGCUACGUUAGUAACAAGGAAGACUCAGCACAAGCCUCACUGGAAAUAGUUUUGAAAGAGACUGCUCCGAUACUUCUUGAGACAUUUACUAACCAGAUUAUGAAGCCAGGACCGACUGUAUCUUUACGCUGCAUAGCAUCCGGGACUCCUCUUCCACAGGUCAUGUGGUCUUUGGAUGACUAUUCUAUUCCAGAUAAUGACAGGGUGCGCGUGGGAGAUUAUGUCAGCCGGGAUGGAAGUGUAAUCAGUUUUGUUAAUAUCACUAACGUUCAAGUUCAAGAUGGCGGAACAUACGAGUGCACUGCCAGAAAUGACGUAGGAGAAAUGCAUCACUCGGCUCGUUUAAACGUAAUAGGAGACCCAAUAGUAAAACAUAUGCCGACUAAAGUCAUAGUGUCAGGAGAAAAUGGCAUCCUUCAGUGUCGUAUUGCUGGGUUCCCGAUUAAAUAUAUUUCCUGGGAAAAAGAUAGGCGACAGCUUCCAGUUAACCGCCGCCAGGAGGUCUUUCCCAACGGUACUCUCGUCAUAAGAGAAGUCCAGAAAACAAAAGACGAUGGUGUCUAUACAUGUACAGCAUCCAACGAUCUGGGAACGAGUGCUUCGGGUGAGGUACACGUUCAAGUGAAAGUGAAGCCCAUCGUUUUCCCAUUUGCCUUCCCUACGAAUGUGGAACGUGGAAUGAAGUUCAGUAUGGUUUGUUCUGUGGCGGCUGGAGAUCCACCCAUUGAGAUUUCCUGGUUCAAAGAUGGCGUAUUUCUUUCAGCUAAAGACAACGUUACUGUAAAAACCGUGAGCGAAAACUCCCUGUUGCUGGCUAUUGACAACGUAGGACUUCAACAUAGAGGAGACUACACUUGUGUGGCAAGGAAUGAUGCUGGCGCUGUAAAUCACACCAGUUCGUUAACAGUUCAUGUUCCGCCAUCCUGGCGAAUAGAGCCACACGACGCCAGUGUGGUGGUAGGACAAAGUAUCACUUUGGACUGUCAGUCCGACGGGUACCCUCCACCCAGGAUUCGUUGGGAAAAGGCUCAAGGAGCGACCCCUAGCAAUUACCAUCCCAUUAGCACAAGUUACCAUCAACAAAUAUUCGAAAAUGGAUCGUUAACAAUUCAAGAUGUAACAGAACAAGAUGGUGGAUAUUAUCUGUGUCAAGCAACCAACGGAAUCGGAUCAGAAAUUAGUGGAGUAAUCACGCUACAAGUGCACGUUGCUCCCCAGUUUCACACCAGAUUCCGGACUCAUAUGGUCCAGAUUGGUGAAUCCGUUUCCCUGGAAUGUAGUGUGUCGGGAGACCAACCAAUAAAAAUGAAGUGGUCACGUGAUAAACAAGUGAUCACAUUUGAGAGCGAACCUAGAAUUCGAAAAAACGAAGCGACCUCCGGUGCCAUAUUGAAAUCUCAAGUUACAGUGGAUUCUGUUGGCAGGAGCGACUCAGCUCUGUACACAUGCACGGCGUCUAAUGACUAUGGAUCAGACGAAUCCAACAUCCAGUUGAUUGUACAAGAGCCACCAGAUCCACCAAAAAGGAUUCGCAUCGUAGAAACGGCCAGUCGUUCAGUACAACUUGAAUGGGAUCCUCCUUUUGGUGGAAACAGUCCAAUCACAAGUUAUCACGUGUUCUGGCAGCCGACAAGAUCCUCUGAAGAAAACUAUAGACCUAUACAUAAUGCAACGGUUCCCACUAGUGAUGUCACCAGUCGAGUAGAAAAUUUGAAGCCUGCUACGUCAUACGAACUAUUUGUUACAGCGGAGAAUAUCAUCGGUGUGAGCAAAUUCAGCAACAAAGUAUCUGUUACGACAGAAGCAGAAAUUCCUGCUGGCCCACCCACCUCGAUUACCGUUGAAAGUGUGACGUCAGAAGCGUUGCUAGUGUCGUGGCUACCACCGCCUGAAAGUGUGCGAAACGGGAUGAUACAAGGUUAUUAUGUAGGCUAUAAAGAAACUAACUCCUCCGAAACGUAUCAGUACAAAACUGUCGAAGCGGGACCCACAGAAGAUGCCCAACUCCAGCGUAAACUCAGCGGACUGAAAAAAUACACUCUGUACACGGUGGUUGUCCAAGCAUUCAAUGGAAAAGGUGCUGGCCCUCGUUCUGAUCCUGUAACCGGAAGAACUCAAGAAGAUGUACCCACCCUUCCUCCUGGAAAUUUAAGAUGUAUGCCUAUGACGUCACAAAGUAUUACAGUCACGUGGACUCACCCACCACAGUCGUCCAUCAAUGGAAUAUUGAAAGGAUACAAGGUUGUGUACCGACCGGUAAAACUCUUGUACGGAUCCGUUUCUUCGUUUCUGGCGGAAAGUGAUAAAACUGAAACUGUUC